UUGAUGCUCGGCAACAACCGGCGUCUUGAGUAGGCGGCGCCGCCUCGUGCCUUGGCAGACCGCUAGCGUUGCCUGACAGAAUGAUUUGCAGAUAAAUUAGUUUUCCCCCCAAUCAAUGAUUAUUCGUGACAAAACACGAAUUUGGUGAACUUCGAGAAUACACAUAUUUCAGACUGCAACAGUGUACCAGAGGAAUCAUCAGAGUGCAGAAGUUCAAGGAGGCGUACCGUCAACACUAAGGUUCAGGAUCUUAAUCUUCCGUUUCUCCAUCAUUUUGUGCAGUGACUGCCACUGAGUGGAGGUGAAUAAGCAUACCGCCCGACCAUGCUCUCAUCACGGGGAGAUUCAGAUUGUAGAACGCGCAGAAGCCUCGGUGUAGGAAGGGUUGCCUCGUGACUGGCCACCCUCAAGCGAGAGGGAAAGAGAUCGACAAGUCACUGCGACAGACCGGGAACGAUUAGGAAAGACAAAAUCCACCUUUAAAGCCAGCCCAAUUUCUCAAACCUCAGUUCCUUUCCUACACGAGGCGAGUUACUGUAUGUACGCACCUCUGCCUGGAUUGAAAACCCUGAAGGCAGUGAGUGAGGCACGCCGACCCCGGGGUCCCCGCGCUUCGUUGAGAAAAUCGCUGAAAUGAGAUGAGGCUCAGAAAUGGAACGGUUGCCACUGCUAUCAUUUUCUUCACGUCGUUUCUCAGCCUGUCUUGGUACACAGCCUGGCAGAAUGGCAAAGAGAAGUUGGUAGCGUACCAGAGGGAGUUCCAUGCCCUGAAAGAGCGCCUCCGUGUGGCCGAGCACCGGACCCUGCAGCGCUCCUCAGAGCUCAACAACAUCCUGGAGCAGUUCAGACGGGCCAUCGCUGAGACCAACGGCAGCAAGGACGCUCUCAUCAACUUCUCAGAUGAGACACAGAAGUUGCUGAAGGAGCUGGCCAGUAGGAAGCCCCUUCAGGUGCCGAACAUCUACCACCAUAUGCCUCACCUGCUCAACAAUGAGGGCAGUCUGCACCCCGCUGUCCAGGUGGGCAUGGGCCGCACUGGAGUCUCCAUGGUGAUGGGUAUUCCUACCGUAAAGCGGAAAGUGAAGUCGUACCUGGCCGAGACUCUGCACUCGCUCAUCGACAAGCUAUCACCUGAGGAGAAACUCGACUGUGUCAUCAUCGUCUUCGUUGGAGAGAUGGACACGGAAUACGUCCAUAGCGUGGUUACUGGACUGGAGAAAGAGUUUUCUACAGAGUUCAGUUCAGGUCUGUUGGAGCUGAUCUCUCCUCCUGCCAGCUACUACCCAGAUCUCAAAGAACUCAAGGAGACUUUUGGAGACUCCAGAGAGCGGGUCAGAUGGCGGACCAAGCAGAAUCUGGACUAUUCCUUCCUCAUGAUGUAUGCUGUGAGCAAAGGAGUCUACUAUGUCCAGUUGGAGGAUGACAUUGUGGCCAAGCCCAACUACUUUGCCACCAUGAAGAACUUUGCCUUGCAGCUCUCCUCCGAGGACUGGAUGAUCCUCGAGUUCUCCCAGCUCGGCUUCAUCGGUAAGAUGUUCCAGGCUCCAGAUCUCAAUUUGAUCGUAGAGUUUAUCUUCAUGUUCUAUAAGGAGAAGCCGAUUGAUUGGCUACUGGACCACAUCCUCUGGGUCAAAGUGUGUAACCCGGAGAAAGACGCAAAGCACUGUGAGCGGCAGAAGUCGAGUCUGCGUGUGCGGUUCAGGCCUUCUCUCUUUCAACAUGUGGGGCUACACUCCUCUCUGGCUGGAAAGAUCCAGAAACUUACUGAUAAGGACUUCCUGAAACCCUUGCUCCAUAAAAUCCACGUGAACCCGCCUGCUGAGGUGUCCACGUCUCUCAAGGUGUACCAGGGCCACACGCUGGACAAGACCUACCUAGGAGAAGACUUCUUCUGGGCCAUCAACCCUACUGCUGGAGACUACGUCCUCUUCAAGUUCGACAGGCCCGUCAGCAUAGAGAGGUUCCUGUUCCGCAGUGGGAACCAGGAACACCCUGGGGACAGGAUAGAGAACACCACCGUAGAGAUACUGCCCUUCUUGGAAACUCGACCAAAGACCAAAGAGAAGUACAAGCGAACUGAAGACCGCUACUACAAAAUCGGUCAGUUUGAGAAGGGUGUGGCAGAGGGGGCUGUAGACGCCUCCUUCAACCCGGUGGUGGCGCUGCGUCUCUCUGUCAUCAAAGACUCUGCUGUCUGGGCCAUCCUCAGCGAGAUCCACAUAAAAAAGCUACCAGGCUGACAUAAGGCGGGGGGCCACAAUCCAGGCCCCCGGCCCCGGGGUGCUCGCAGACGCACCUAACACUUGCUGACCAGGGGCCCUCUGGCAACCAGCAGUGACAUCCUCAGAGCCACUUCUCUCAGGGCUUCUGUCUGAGGACACUCUCAUUCAAUCUGUCGCUCACUUGCUCUCUCUCACUUGCUCUCACUCUUGCUCUCCUUCUCUAUCUUUUUGCGUAAAUGUGAAUACUACUGUAAAAAAAAAGAUACAUUUUAAAGUAUCAGAAGGAAUUGGGUGUGUCCUGCAGAAUUCCGUUCCCAGCUCUGACAGUUGAGGUAACUGUGUGUUACACAGAGGGCUUGUGACUCGGAGAGACUGACCUGAGGGGCUGAUGUCACCCAAACACUGGUGCAAAGUAGGUGCUCACUGCUCCAUGUGCUCUCAACCAUCUCUGGUCUGGUCAGCUGGGGAAUUGCACUGUCACUGGAGCCACAGAGCCCCCUGCUGGUGACUGAAGGAAGUGUAUUAGCCUCAUGGACCUGUUGCUUUUUGUUGUGUUCUUGCUAAAACAGCAAGUAAUAGACCAAGUAAGGUGUUAGUCAUCUUAUGGUGGUGGAUAACUGCCUUUGUCCCUUUCUCCUCAGCUCUUCUUUUGAGGGAAUGAUGGCAAACAAAGCAGAAAACAAAAUGUGGUUCCUGUAUCUUUAAAGUGACAGGUCUGCCAGACUAUCUCUUGAUGAAGAAUGCUCUGGGUAAAAGUAACCUGUAGGCGCAGAUCUAGGGUCAGCCUACCUGUCCCGGUCCCAACCCUAGUCAUUCUAGGGCAAAAACCUACAUUACCUAAGAGCUGUGUCUGGGACAGUUUAUUCCUAUUCAUUAUUAAAUUAAUAAUCUUGGUGACUGAAGGAAACCAUAUUUAUCAUUCUACUUCGUUUGACAAGUCAGGCUGAAAGAUGUCCUUUUAGUGGUAAACCAAUCAGACUUUGGCCUCGACUUCGCUUACCUGAAGGGAUAUUUCUAUAUUGAUGCUAUUAUUACUACUAUGACAAUGAUCUAUGAAGGUGAAUUAAUUUAUUUGAAAUAAAUCCUUAAUUUGUACAAGAGGUUAAGUCAGAAUUUGUAUUUUUUAUUCUGUGAAGAGUUUAUACUACGGUAGUUGAUAUGUGCCUGCACCUGCUCUUUUUGUUCCGAAAAUGAAUCAUUGUUUUCACAGCGCGGCUUGGUGUUCCGUGUUCUCUUGUCUGCUGGUUGGUUCAGAUAGAGGUUGGCUCCAACUGCUGGUCCAGAGUCUGUUUUUGGAUGACCUUUCCUAGACAGUCAAAGUUAAAAUGAGAGAUGUCAGAACAGUCCUUGAAGCUAGAACCCUUAAUUGAAACAUUAUUUUGAACCUGCUUCUGUUUUGGUAAAAAAUAAUAAUAAUAAAAGGCAGAGAUUGGCCUGAAGAAAUGUAACCACUCUCAAAUUCACAGUGGACUGACCAUCCAAUAUAUCAAAAGGAUAGAUUUAACCAAGGCUAUACAGUGUUUGUUUACUAACAUUGGAGUAAAACCAGCUUAUUUGGGUUCUGAGGGGGUACGACUGUUGAACCAAGUUCAUGAGGUUAUAUUAUUCAUGAAUCAAUGGGUGUGUAUUUAUAAUUCCAAAAAUGGAUGUAGCAAGUUUAAGCCAGAGAUGCUGACCGAGGCUUGUGCUAGAUCAGACCCAAGUGCCUUUAAAAUCCUGCUCAUCCGAGAUGAAGCAGAACUUCCUGAAUGGCUCUGUUCCAAACCCUUCACUCCCUCUACCCUACAUAGGGGGGUGUUGACUCACCCUUGGAGGUUUGAAAUUAUAUAGGUCCUUACAGAAUACAUGAUACUUGCUUGACAGAUGGCUACACCAUUUAUUUUAUACCUUUAUUUAACUAGGCAAGUCAGUUAAGAACAAAUUCUUAUUUUUAAUGACGGCCUAAGAACAGUGGGUUAACUGCUUUGGGGAUUUGAACUUGCAACCUUUCGGUUACUAGUCCAACACUCUAACCACUAGGCUACGCUGCCGCCCCGCACCAUAAAUCACCACCAAUUGUACAGUGUGCCCCAUGUUUACCGUCAGCAAUGGGGAAUAUAUUUUUGGGGACAUUAUUACAUUUAAUUUUCUGUAAAUUGGGAAGCAAUCUCUGUAAACUGACGAUCAAAUGCUAUUUAGAAAGUUGCACUGAAUUUGUUUAAUGUUCUAUACUUUUUUUUUUUGGUGUGCUCUCAUUUACCAUCUCCAAUGGAUGUCAUUUCACACUUCUGACAUCCUCAUGAGUUCUAACCCAUGUGAUGCCUGAAUCUGUCCAAUCUGAGACUGCUGGUAGUUAGUUGUUGGACAGGAUGUCGACUGCUGUACUUUUUCUGUGCCGUCUUGUUGCAGAGGGCUGCAUGCAGACAGCCAGGCUCCACUUGGAGUGGUGCCUUAUUCACUCUGUAGAUAUACAGAAAAGCAACUUGCAUUGUCUAAAUGCUCUUUGCCUCAUUUCAGGAUAGGUCAAAACUGGUUUCCAUGAGAUGUUUAUACAGUAAGAUUUUAUGAAGGAUUUUUUUCUACCAGAAAUCCAUCCACGUUUGAGAAGAUAGUGAUCGGUUUAUUUGGGGGUGCUAUUUUAAAUUUCAGAUGUGCAUGCACACACACGUCCAAUUCUAAAUAGCCCCCUAGCCCCAACCCCAUAGCACUUAAUGUUGGACAGCUAUAAGGAACAAAUCCCAUCUACACUAUAAGAGAGCAGGGUGGUGCUAUUGCUAAUUCCUACCAAUCCUUUUUUUAUUUUCCUUGCUAGGAUACAGACUAGGGGUCGAUAGAGCCCCACAGUGGAGGUGUCAUACUACCCAUAAAACCUAGCUGUCAAACAGGGAAAUUGUUCCAAUCGUUUUCCCACCUUAAUUCUCCCCAUAGGGGAUUCUAGAAACACUUAAAGGGUUGUGUUUCGUGUAGGCUUACCCUAGUGUGACAUUUUGAUAGCCAUGUAAAUUCCUCUCGUCCAAUGUGAUUUUUUUUCAAUGUAUUUAGGCUCGAUUUACUUUGAAAUUUGAAAAUAAUAAUUAGCGUCAAAACAGACAUCACACAAAAGUACAAAUCCCUGCAAGCUCCUGCUUGUCAUCUCUAGCUGAUACCCUUUGCUAAGAGGUGUUGUGUAAAUGUCAAACUUGCACAAGACCGUUCAGAGUUGUCCAUUUAAAGAAAUUCAUCAAAUUUAUUCAUUACUAUAUUUAGUUAACAUUAGUUAAUCCAGAGAGCCUUACCUUUGACUCGAGUCUCUUCCAGAUCAUGGCAUUUAACUCUUUAUGUUGGCCACAUUAGCAGCUAAUUAGCGUUUCAAUUUUGGGGGUAAACAUACAAGCAAAUAUAUUGAUAUGUCACCUUGUCCUAGAGAUAUUUACACUGUUAUCAAAAUGUCAUGUCAGGGUAAGCCUAGACCAAACACAGCCCUUAAUGUUUCUAAAAUCCCCUAUGGGGAAAAAUGAUUGGAGCAAUUUCCAUGUUUGACCGCUAGGUUUUAUGGCUAUUAUGACUCAUACUGUGGUACUCUAUUGGGAUUUGGGCAAAACUUUCAAAAGCUGGACACCUUGUACCAGGUUUGCUUGUUUGUAAAUGUUUGUUAUUGAUGGCGUGUGUGAUUUGAUUGGUCAACCAACCCCCUUUGCAUGGAGCUGGCCCUUCCCCUGAGCCCCCUGGUCAAACCAGAUCCUUGCUCACACCUGGGGCUCAUGUAAAGAGUGCAACAUUCUAAAACCUUCGGAUAGAAAUGUAUUAUUUAGAUCUGAUACUCUAGAACUGCGAAUCGUGCCAGAUCUAUACAUUACUUUGCCAGAGCUUUGCAGAUAAAUGUAUUUGCGACUUCCUGUAUAAACUCGUGCCAUUCAUGUGGAGGAUGGCUGGGACAGAGGGGAACGCAAACUGUGGGUGUGCCUCAGUAGUUUAAAUUGGGUUCCUUUCAUCUUUGUAUUUUGCCCUUCAUCCACGCUUAUCGAAGACUGUAUAUAAAAGCAAUAUGGAGGAUGCCUGCCUAGACCCUAGGAGUGGAUGAAGGAUAGACUAUUGAGACAGUCAGGCUCUCCCACCCCUGCCUGUCUCCACCUACUCCCCAUCAGUCCAUGUGCCUUCAUGUACAUUAGUAUGUCUGCCUCUGCUUUUGACAUGGAUGUACAUUCUCAUCGUUUUAAAUAAAUCAAAUUUGUUGAAACAAUU